AUGUCCGGAUGGAUUGACGGCAGGGAUUUGUCAUCACCUGAAGAUGUUUCCUACAGUGUCACCAGUGUUCCCUAUAAAUUUAAAUUGCUGUACCGAGGAUCUCGACACGGAUUCAACGAUAAGAUGUUUCAUAAACGAUGUGAUAACAAAGGGCCUACGAUCACCGUGAUUAAGCUCGAAGGACUGGAGGGGGUGGUGAUUGGUGGAUAUAACCCCUUGAAUUGGCAAUCGCCGUGGAUUCGGAAAUUCGAGGAGUGCCAUCACAGCUUCGUAUUUUCCAUUUGCGCCGACUCGUUGAAAAAAAAUCACCCGAAGGACAACAGCAGCAGCGGCGCGGACGGUAAUUAUGGUGUUGAUCAAAACACAAACGGUGCGCUCGACGUGGAACCAACAAUGGAUUAUGUAAAUAAAAAUAUGAUAGUGAGCACCACGCCGGCGAAAUCGAAAUCGGUAUUCAGCAGGGCGACAUUUCCGAAAUAUGCCAUCAACUUGCAUCGAUCCACAGGGCCGGCAUUUGGAACCACUGAUUUGGUGAUAAAGGACAGAGUUUUGAAGUGCAAACCCGAUUGCUACACGCUAGAUUUAUUUGAUAGCGUACUGAAUGAUCAUGACCAUGCGAAGAAAAAUACAUUUGGAAGAAGCAGGUUUUUGAAGAGGAGCCACGAAGAUUUAGGAAAUCAUGAUCAUAACGUCAACGACGUUAGCAAUCACUUUAGAAAUGUCAACUCAGGAUCCGAUGAAGAAUGCCACGAUGAGAACGUUAAGAGCUAUCUAGAAUUUGAUGAAGCGAAGGCGGAAGAUUCGGAGCCAAAACCUUACCAUUUCAAGAUAGAGGAAUACGAAGUGUACGGGAUGAUUGUAAAACCAAUCAAGCUGAUGUAA